GUAAUGCAAGCAGAGUUGUUACAUGAGGUUGAGGAGGAGAUAGCUGAAGGGAAUUGGUCUAUGUAUCUGGACCUGGAGCCUGGCUUGGUGAAGAUAGCAGAUCAAGCAAGCAGUGGAGGAGUACCUCCGAGAGUAUAUAAGACAGAGGUCAGCUACACUCCAGACAUUGAGGACGUGAUUUCCAAGCUGACUGGGCCAUUGGAUGUUACACAUACAGUUCGGACCGAGGACGUGAUGAAGAACCUGGAGGCAUGGAGACCAGCAAUCUUAAAAGAGAUGAAGGGGAUAGAAAGUGCUAUCGUGAAGCUGGUGCCGGGUUCAGAGGAGCGUGCUCAGUGGUUCAAUAAAGCUGGUGUGCAGAGGCUUCCAAUGAAAUUCGUGUUUACGCUAAAGCCAAACGACAAAGCGAUGCAGAAUGAGCCUGGGACAUGGUUCAAACGCAAG